CACACUACGAGCAGAGCUCUCUAGCUAUCCGUUCUCCAUAAAUCAUUUUCUUCCUUAUAAGAUCUCAAUAAUGUCUUGUUCAUUGUUCUUGAAGGUAAUCUUGCAAUCCUGUUUCGUUGUAAUUUUUUUGCAUGCGCCAUCCUUCACUCAAGCAGCUACCACUUUGAGUGGAAAUGAGACGGAUCAUCUUGCUUUGCUUGCCAUCAAAGCUCGGAUAACACUUGACCCUCUUGGUCUCAUGAGCUCAUGGAAUGAUUCUCUCCAUUUCUGUAACUGGGGGGGCAUCAUUUGUGGUAACCUUCAUCAACGAGUCAUUACUUUGAACCUUAGCCACUAUGGCUUGGCAGGUUCACUCUCACCACAAAUUGGAAACAUGUCCUUCCUUAGAGGUAUUAGCUUGGAACAAAACUACUUUCAUGGUGAAAUCCCACAAGAAAUAGGCCGUCUAGACAGGCUAAAGUACAUUAAUUUCUCCAACAACUCUUUCUCUGGAGAGAUCCCAGCCAAUCUUUCUGGUUGUUCUAGCCUUCUAAUGCUUCGUUUGGGGUUCAAUAAAUUGACAGGCCAAAUCCCAUACCAGUUAGGAUCAUUGCAGAAGCUCGAGAGAGUUCAGCUUCAUUACAACAAUCUCAACGGGUCAGUUCCGGAUUCUUUAGGAAACAUCUCAUCUGUUAGGUCUCUGUCCUUGUCAGUUAACAAUUUUGAGGGGAGCAUACCAGAUGCAUUAGGCCGUUUAAAGACCUUGAAUUUUCUUGGCCUAGGCUUAAAUAAGUUGUCUGGAAUGAUUCCUCCCACAAUUUUCAAUCUCUCAUCUCUUAUAGUCUUUACUUUGCCCUAUAAUCAACUACAUGGCACCUUGCCAUCAGACUUGGGACUUACACUUCCUAAUUUGCAAGUCUUGAAUAUUGGUCAUAAUUUUUUUUCUGGACCUCUUCCUGUGUCAAUAUCCAAUGCUUCAAAUCUUCUAGAAUUGGAUAUUGAUACAAGUAAUUUCACUAGAGUCACGAUUGAUUUUGGAGGCUUACCUAAUCUCUGGUCACUAGCUCUUUCCUCCAAUCCCCUUGGGAAAGGAGAAGCUGAUGACCUGAGUUUCAUAGAUUCCUUAACUAAAUGUAGGAAUUUGCGGUUAUUAGACUUGAGUAAUAGCCACUUUGGAGGGGUGAUUCCUGAUUCUAUAGGUAACCUCUCAACCCAACUUUUUCUGUUGAAGUUGGGAGGAAAUCAACUAUCUGGUAGCAUCCCUACUGUAAUUGAGAACCUCCUUAACUUGGCGGAGUUGACAAUGGAGAAAAACUACUUGAGUGGGAGUAUACCUUCUGUACUAGGUAACCUUAAGAUGCUACAAAGAUUGGACCUGUCAGAAAAUAAGCUUUCGGGGCUGAUUCCAUCAUCCCUUGGAAACAUCACUCAAUUGUUUGAGUUUCAUCUCCAAAAGAAUCAGAUAAUGGGGAGCAUUCCUUCCAGUUUUGGAAACCUGAAAUACUUGCAAAACCUUGACCUUUCUCAAAACCUUCUCAGUGGUACGAUACCCAAAGAGGUUAUGGGUCUUUCUUCCCUAACAAUCUCUUUCAACCUGGCUCAAAAUCAACUGACAGGUCCCCUGCCUCCAGAAGCGCAAAACUUGAUGAAUCUUGGUUACUUGGAUGUUUCCGAGAACAAGUUAUACGGUCAAAUUCCCAGUAGUCUAGGCAGUUGUGUAACCUUGGAGGAACUUCACAUGCAGGGUAACUUCUUUGAAGGAGCUAUUCCUCCAUCAUUCAGCUCCUUGAGAGGACUCCGUGACAUGGAUCUUUCCCGCAACAAUUUGUCUGGCCAAAUUCCACAGUUUUUAAAGCGCCUUGCACUCAUUAGCUUGAAUCUUUCAUUCAACCAUUUCGAGGGUGAGGUACCAAGGGAAGGGGCUUUCCUGAACGCAACAGCAAUCUCGUUAUCUGGAAACAAAAGGCUUUGUGGUGGCAUACCACAAUUAAAAUUGCCGCGAUGUGUUGCUAACAGAUCAAAGAACGGAAAGACGUCUCUGGGGGUCAAGUUAAUGAUUGCAUUACUUACCCCACUUCUGGUAUUAGUUUUCGUCAUGUCUAUUCUUGUCAUCAAUCGAUUGGGAAAGAAGAAUAGGCAGUCCUCUUUAGCAUCUUCAUUGUCAUCAAAACAAGAACUGUUAUUGAAGGUUUCCUAUAGAAAUCUCCAUAAAGCUACUGGAGGCUUUUCCUCUGCCAAUUUGAUUGGUGCUGGUAGCUUUGGCUCCGUAUACAGAGGCAUUCUGGAUCCAAAUGAAACAGUUGUGGCAGUGAAGGUGCUGUUCAUGCGUCAACGAAAAACUUUGAAGAGCUUCAUGGCUGAAUGUGAAAUACUUAAGAACAUUCGGCAUCGUAAUUUGGUCAAGAUCCUGACGGCUUGCUCGAGUGUAGAUUUCCAAGGAAAUGACUUCAAAGCUCUAGUCUAUGAGUUUAUGCCCAAUGGGACUCUGGACAGUUGGCUGCAUCCCUUUCCAAGGACAAAUGGCAUCGAUGAGGACCUGAAAAUAUUAAGCUUUCAUCAAAGGUUAAACAUUGCUAUUGAUGUGGCUGCUGCUCUCAAUUAUCUUCAUUACCAGUGCCAUAAGCCAAUUGUUCAUUGCGAUUUAAAGCCAAGCAAUAUUCUCCUUGACAAUGAUAUGACAGCUCACGUGGGUGACUUUGGGUUAGCAAGGUUCAUUGAAGAAGCCAUAAAUCCGUCUCAUCGGAAUGAAAGCAGCUCAGUUGGACUGAAGGGAACUGUGGGAUAUGCUGCACCAGAGUAUGGUAUGGGAAGUAAGCCUUCGAUGAAUGGUGAUGUAUACAGCUACGGAAUCCUCUUGUUGGAGAUGUUUACAGGAAAGAGGCCUACUGAUGACAUGUUCAAUGAUGGAUUGGAUCUCCAUAAUUUUGUUAAGACAGCAUUGCCUGAUCAAAUUUCAGAAGUUGUAGACCCAUUAUUUGUUACUGGAGGUGAAGGAGAUGAAGAGGAGACCGGGCACUUAGAGAACAGAACCAGGGGACAAAUAAAAAAGGACCAAAUGCAAGAGAGUUUGAUAGCAAUCCUAAGAAUUGGAAUUGCUUGUUCGGUGGAAUCAAUCAAUGAAAGAAAGAACGUUAAAGAUGUUCUCACAGAAUUGCAGAAUGUCAGGAGAAUUUUUCUUGGAUCCGGGAGGAACUAAAGCUCAAGAGCAGGUGACACAGAUCUUUCACAUUGAUUAAUAACUUAUAGUUAGAUUUUGAAACAGUAUGAUAGGGAGAUUCUUAAGUAUAAAUGAGUAUAACUCUCAGCAAGUCUUUUGACAUGUAGGGUUCUAAUUGAACAUAUAGUUUCCCUUUUCUUCUGUCAGGUUAUCAGCAGGUUGGUUCAAGGCAACUUCCAAUCAACCAGCAGUCUGCCUGUGAAUGUUACUGCCGUAGUCCAUGUAAAAGAUAUAUAUAUAUAUAUAUAUAUAUAUAUAUAUACAUGUGUGUGUGUGUGUGUGUGUGUGUGAUUUCUCCUUCUCUCUUUCUUUACUGGUUUGGAACAUGGCUCUCGUCUGUGCUGCUCCAUCCAUUAAUGUUAUUUUGUCGAAAUAGCAUUCUCUGAAAUAUAUAUGUACAUAUGAAAUCCUCUGGUACGGUCAUAUCAAUGGAGAAGAGAUGUUGCUGCCUAAUGUUUCUAGGCAUCAAUUGCA